UCAACACAAUGAUGGAUGGGGUAUAUAUUGUAUAUUGUAUUGCUGGUAUCGAAAAUACAAUCAGCCAUUUAUACAGUUUUAUAUUUCAAGAAAAAAAUGUAGAAAGAAAUACCCAUUUCGAAAAAUUAUUAUCAUUGUCAUGUACGUCAAAAAAUUGCCAAAAAGUGUGAAUAUAUGUUUUUUGAACUGUGAAUCAACUGUGAUAGCUACAAAUCAGAACAACAAUUUUAUGGGUACCAAUAAGUAAUAAAGUGUGAUAUCGAUAAUUUAUAGUCCAAAAUCAUUCAAAUGUGCAAUCUUGUUUUUAAGAUUGUUUUGGCUGAAAAGUAUUGGCAAAUUAUUUUAUUUUUGAAGAACAAUGUACGAUUUGGAUGACGAUGAUGAUGAUUGUUCUGGAAGUGAUUUUGAAGAAGAUCCAGAUGCCAUGGAUGUUCCAGGUUUUGCUUUUAAUAUUACAACUGAGCCAUCUGUGAACAUUGAUUUUACAUCAAAUAACUCUCCUUAUAUUCAACAACCAGUUUUAGAUAUAGAUGGAAUGUUUGCCACAGAAAACACACACAAUAAUAAUUCAAUGAAUAUACCUUCAGAUGGCAGCCUAGUUUACAGUCCAGAGUUAUAUAUGUAUAAUAACAAUGAAUGCAACACAAUAUUGCAAAAUUCUCGAAUAAAUUUCAACACUAAUCAAAAUCAACCUAAAGAUGGAAUUUUUGCUCCUCUACCAACAGUGCAAACUGGUCAUGGUGUUAGUGAACCACAAUCCAUUCUGAACAUCACUAAGCCCAAUUUUAAUCAGAUAGCACCCUCAAAUGGAAUUUUUGCUCCUCUACCAACAGUGCAAACUGGUCAUGGUGUUAGUGAACCACAAUCCAUUCUGAACAUCACUAAGCCCAAUUUUAAUCAGAUAGCACCCGCAAAUGGAAUUUUUGCUCCUCUACCAACAGUGCAAACUGGUCAUGGUGUUAGUGAACCACAAUCCAUUCUGAACAUCACUAAGCCCAAUUUUAAUCAGAUAGCACCCGCAAAUGGAAUUUUUGCUCCUCUAUCAACAAUGCAAACUGGUCAGGCUGUUAGUGAACCACAAUCCAUUCUGAACAUCACUAAGCCCAAUUUUAAUCAGAUAGCACCCGCAAAUGGAAUUUUUGCUCCUCUAUCAACAAUGCAAACUGGUCAGGCUGUUAGUGAACCACAAUCCAUUCUGAACAUCACUAAGCCCAAUUUUAAUCAGAUAGCACCCGCAAAUGGAAUUUUUGCUCCUCUACCAACAGUGCAAACUGGUCAUGGUGUUAGUGAACCACAAUCCAUUCUGAACAUCACUAGGCCCAAUUUUAAUCAGAUAGCACCCGCAAGUUCUUCGGCUGGCAUUUCUUCUUUAAAAAACAAAAAAAUUUCAGUGAAUUUUAAUGGAAUAAUGAAGGAAUUAGAUUUGAAGAAUGCUGUUAUUAUAAGACCACCAAAAUCAUUGGAACCAAUAGUUGGUCUCCAAAGAAAAAAUGAUAAAGCUGUAUCUGUGAUUAAUAAUAGUUUAUUAUUUAAUAAGAAUGCCAUGGUGAACACCAAUAUGACUCCCAUAUCAAAACUGAAAUUGCCACAACCAGUUGACAAUAAGAAAAUAAUUUCAUCUUCAAUAAAACAAGGUAUUCCUACAAUCUCAAUAGGGGUUACACCAAAUUUUAACAUAAAGGGUGCAGUAAGGGUACAUCCAAAUAUCAUUGGUACAACAAAAUCCAUUGGUGUGCCAAAAUUAAUAAAUAAUAAUAAAUUUGAAAUUGCAAGCGAAAAAGAUCCCAUUGUGCAUAGCAAUACAUCAUUGAGAAGGAAUACUCAAGGACCUAAUCCUGGUACUCAAGGACCUAAUCCUGGUACUCAAGGACCUAAUCCUGGUACUCAAGGACCUAAUCCUGGUUUUUUGACUACAGGAAGUGCAAGAAAAAUUCUUAUUGUAAAUAAAAAUAAUCAAAUGAAUAAAUGUGGAAUACUACAAAUGCAAGGUAGUGUGCGUUAUAUCCAUGGUAAUAGGGCUGUAAGAAUUUCAAAUAUUGCUAAUUCUAGUACACCCAAAUUCAACAUUGUUGGAAAAACAGAUAAUAGAUUCAAUCCGACCAAAGUCAAUGGAACUGCUCCAAUCACAAUGCCGAAUGAUAUAUCUAUACCUGGAAGUUCAAAAGAUACAGGUAGUAUGCGUUAUAUCCAUGGUAAUAGGGCUGUAAGAAUGUCAAAUAUUGCUAAUUCUAGUACACCCAAAUUCAACAUUGUUGGAAAAACAAAUAAUAGAUUCAAUCCGACUAAAGUCAAUGGAACUGCUCCAAUCACAAUGCCGAAUGAUAUAUCUAUACCUGGAAGUUCAAAAGAUACAGGUAAUAACUAUGCCAUAUCUAAAUCAACAACAUUGUGUUAUAAGGACGUUAUCUCACAAAUAAAUAGAAGUAUAAAUUCGAAGGAAGCUCUGGAUAUUUCACUUGCUGGAUUUUUGCAAACAAACAAAAAUCCUAAUCAGGGAAAAAGAAGAUUGAUGAUGCCUAUGAAAAAUGAAAAUUCCUCGAUUCCAAAACGAAAGCCAGUGUCUAUGGAUGAUGUCGAGAACGAUAUGAUGGAGCUAGGAGUAGCCGAGACAUAUUCCACUUAUAUGCCCUCAAAAUUGAAAUUGGGAUGUAAGCAUCCAGAUCCUGUAGUAGAAACGGCAUCUCUUUCAUCUGUAGCUCCUGUUGAUGUAUGGUAUAGGUUAUCAAUACCCAAGAAAAUAAUAGAAAGUGGAGCACUGUCUGCUCUCCAAUUGGAAAGUAUCACAUAUGCUUCACAAGCUCAUAACCAAUUUUUGCCUAAUGGAUUUCGAGCUGGAUUUCUCAUUGGCGAUGGUGCUGGUGUUGGCAAAGGUAGAACUAUAGCAGGAAUCAUUUUGGAAAACUUUGCAAAAAAUAGAGAAAGGGCUGUAUGGGUAUCAAUAUCGAACGAUCUGAAAUAUGAUGCUGAAAGAGACCUUCAUGAUAUCGGAGCAUCAGACAUAAAGGUCUACCAAUUGAAUAAGAUGAAAUAUAAUGCCAAAUUAUCUUCCGAGAUCAACGGUUGCGUUAAAAAGGGCGUGCUAUUUUGCACCUACUCUUCUCUGAUAGGAGAAAGUAAUUCGUCUGAAGGAAAAUAUAUCAAUAGAAAGGAUCAGAUUCUCCAAUGGUGUGGAAGGGAUUUUGAUGGACUUCUGAUUUUUGAUGAGUGCCAUAAAGCAAAAAAUUUGUGUCCGAGUGGAUCAAUGAAAUCUACAAAAACAGGUCAAAUGGUGGUAGACCUUCAAGAAGCCUUAUCAAAAGCUCGUGUGCUAUAUGCUUCUGCUACAGGAGCUUCUGAACCAAAAAAUAUGGCUUACAUGACGAGAUUAGGUUUAUGGGGCAAAGGUACAACCUUUGUCACAUUUGAUGAUUUUGCAAGCGCUGUGGAAAAAAAAGGUGUUGGGGGAAUGGAAAUUGUAGCCAUGGACAUGAAGCUGAGAGGAAUGUACAUAGCAAGACAACUCAGUUUUCAAGAUGUCAAAUUUUCUAUAACAGAAGUUUCACUCGAUGAAAAAUUUGUAGAGGUCUACAAUUCUAGUGUUAAACUGUGGACAAAUGCAUUGAAUAAAUUCACAAAAGCGGCUAAUCUUGUCUCCGCAAAUAAUAACAUGAAAAAAUCCAUGUGGGGGCAAUAUUGGUCAGCCCAUCAACGUUUUUUUAAGUAUCUAUGCAUUGCUGCAAAAGUGGAUAAGGCAAUGGAAUUGGCUCAUAAUGCAAUAAAAUUUAAUGAUCAUUGUGUGGUGAUUGGUCUCCAAAGCACUGGAGAAGCUGGAACAUUAGAUCAGUUGGAAAAAUGCGAUGGCGAGCUAAUGGAUUUUGUAUCCACAGCUAAAGGAGUAUUCCAGAACUUGGUCGAGAAACAUUUUCCCUCUUGCAACAAGAGCAAUGUAAAUAAAAUUGUUUCAUCCCUAUCAAAAGCUAAAGUGGAUAACAUCAAACCGAAUAUUAGAGUGCGUAAUUUGGAACUUGAACAAGAAAAGAUGAGAAAAAAACAGAGAGAUCUUUUGAAAUCUCUAGAUAGUAAUCAGGAUGAUUCUGACAAUGAUGAUGAUGAUGAUGAUUACAGUAGUGAUUCAAGUAAUAAUAGCGAAAAAGAAAGACUUGAGAAGAAACAGAGAGAAUUUGAAGAAAACCAAAAAGUCAAUAAUAUGAUCAAUUUCAUUUUCAAAAAUAAUAUGAAUAAAUAUGAGACUGCAACAAAAAUUGAAAAAGAAGAGAAACCCAAUUUACCUUCAUCAUAUGAUAUUGAAGAAGCUAACCAAAUGAAGGAGGAAUUGCUCAAAGGCAUCGAAGAACUUGGUAAAAGUUUACCCAAAAAUACACUUGAUGAGCUAAUUGAUAGCUUUGGAGGUCCAGAGCAUGUAGCAGAAAUGACUGGAAGAAAAGGCCGAGUAGUUCAAAAAGAGACUGGUGUUCAUUAUGAGAGUCGUUCAGAGCAGGAUGUACCUUUAGAGACCUUGAAUGUGAAAGAAAGAGAACGAUUUAUGAAUGGAGAAAAAAUGGUGGCAAUAAUUUCUGAGGCUGCAUCUAGUGGUAUAUCCUUACAGAGUGACAGGAGGGCAGCAAAUAGGAGAAAGAGAUACCAUAUCACACUGGAACUGCCUUGGUCGGCAGACAAAGCUGUACAGCAGUUUGGAAGAACUCACAGAAGCAACCAGGUCAGCGCACCUGAGUAUGUCUUCCUUAUUACCAAUUUAGCUGGAGAGAGAAGGUUCGCAUCGAUUGUGGCUAAGCGUUUAGAAAGUCUUGGGGCGUUAACUCAUGGCGAUCGUCGUGCUUCUGACAAUAAAGACCUUAGUCAGUUCAACAUUGAUAACAAAUAUGGAAAAUCUGCAUUGGAAUUGGUGAUGAAAGCCGUCGUAGGAAAAGAUCAUCCCUUGAUUCCUCCACCAGUAGAUUACAAAGGAAACUUUUUUCAAGACGUUAGUAAAGCACUCAUAGGAGUCGGUUUGAUAACUAGUAAAAAGGAGAAUGAUUUGACUUUAGAUAAAGAAUACAACAACAUGUCCAAGUUUUUGAACAGGAUACUAGGAAUGCCAGUUGACCUCCAAAAUAGAUUAUUUCAGUAUUUCACAGAUACUAUGAACGCACUUAUUGAUAUGGCCAAGCGAGAUGGAACUUUCGACUUAGGUAUACUAGAUUUAGGCGUCAGCAGUCAGGAUGUCAUUAAGAGGGUACGGACAAUAACAUUCUUAUAUAAGCAUGCAACUGGUAUUGCUCCUAUUGAGUUGCACAAGUUGAUUGUAGAAAGAGGAAUGUCUUGGAAAGCUGCUGAAGAAAAAUAUAAAGAGGUCUGCACUGAAGAAUACGAAGGGUUUUUCCAAUCUCAUCAGGUUUCUAAUGGCAAACACUAUGUUAUAUUAUUAACAAAAGUCGAUUCUACAAAACGGAAUUUCAAAAAUGAAGAUAUCAAAUUAAGAUUGUACCGACCCAAUACUGGUAGAAAAAACAAGAUUACCACAGCUUCUGAAAUACAACUUCAAUACAAAAAGGUGGAGCCACAGGAUGCAAUGAAUUUAUGGAUUGAACAGUAUAAUUGUACAGUUUGUACCCAUAAAUACUGGACAGGACACUGCAGUAUAGGUACUACUUGUGAAAGUGGACUUAGAAGUAAAACCUAUCACGUUCUUGCUGGAUCUGUUUUACCAAUUUGGUUGAAAAUAGAAGCGGCAAUUUCAGAAAAAAAAUCAGAAAGCAAGAUGCAAGUCAUCAGGUUAAAGACACAAGAUAAUAUUAAGAUAGUCGGCACUCUUAUAAAGAAUAACUUGGUCAAAGGAUUAAUCAGGGUCUUGAGAGAAGAAGCUGAAAAUGUUAAAGAACAUGAUUUCUAUGAUUGAUAUAUUUUUUUAUUUAUAUAUAGAUUUAAUGAAAAUAAGUGAUAUUUGCUGUGAUAUUUUAUUCAAUAUUUAUUAAGUGUCAUCAGAACUAUAAAUAGAUACCAUAAAUGCAUUGUUCUUUAAAAUUUUUAAUCAGUCAUUAGUACCUAAUAUUUAAUUUUCUUUUAAUUGUGUAUUAUUUAUGUCCUCCCAAUAUUGUGAGUUUUCAAUGUACAAUUUGUGCCAUUAUGUGCAAGGAUAAAUAGAAAUGACCAAGAUUGUCGAAAAUCUCAUUGUUCAAUUAUUCAUUUAUAAACUGAUUGACAACUUUUCAAUAAACAAUUAUAAACUGUG